AUGAAUUCAAUGUAUAUAUACAUAUAUAUAGGUAUAACAUUUUUAUUUGACUCGCGAUCUAGACCACUUCAAUCAGAAAUCAGAAAAAUAUUUCCAAUGGAUUGGCUGCUCAUCGUAGCAAUAUUUACCAUGGUAGUCAUUGUGGCCCUUAGUUUAAUGCUGUUCUUCGAAUUCAGAAUUAAAUUCAUAGUUUCAUGCUCAUUGAUUGGAUUAUUGCUGAUGCUAUUUUCAUCAGAUAUCUGUUUGGUGACUGAAAGAAAAUGUGGUAAUCGCACUGGUGGUUUCAACGUUGAUCUGUCUUGCUAUUCUCACUAUUUCGAGUAUUGUGAAUUGCAAACAGGACAUUUGCAAAUUUCUGAUGGCCGGCAUUUUCAACACUGCUGUCAAUUUGAUAGCAGUGGUUCUCGUAAACUUACUCAAAUGAAUCUGCUAACAGGCUCCUAUGUGACAGAAUGUUUUACCCUAUAA